UGUUGUUCCGAGUUAAUUACAAUAAUAAUUGUUAUUGGAGGUAAUUGUGUAAGGAAAUUGAGUUAUAAGAAAAUGAAUAAUUGUCCCGAGAAAUUGAUCUAAUCACUUGAUUAAAUUGUCGAUCAACUUAACAGUCUAAACAAUCGCCUCAAUUGUAUCGGUGAUGAUUAACUCAUUCACUUUGCAAUCAACUUAAAUUGUGGUAGAUUAUUUGUUAAUUAGUUUGAAAAAAAGUGUUAAAAGUGAAUCAAUGGGAACAAUUAAGGAGCUUUCGAGUUGGUUGGACUCGAUUUUUCGUCAACAACUUUCGGUGGAAAGUUUCAAGUCGAAAGUUGUUCGAUUGGAAAAUAUUGGUAAAACGACGAAAUCUUGUAUUCGAGGAUAUCAACAGAAAGGUAAAUUGGGCUGGUAUAACCACACGAUUCACAUCUUAUUCCAUAUUUGGUUCGUUAUCGUGGUCGCAAGAGCGGUUCGCUUGAUCGCGGUCACCGAUCCAGAGGAAACAUUUUACCUUGGAGAUUUUUUCAGUGAAGCGAAAGGAAAAACUUUUCUCCAUUCGAUUAUUAUUGUCUAUUAUAUUCUAUUCUUUUGCUCUCGAAUUGGUGCUCAUAUAAGUGAAGUUCGUAAGCCAAUGUUGAUGCUUAAAUUUUACGAGAAAAUUAAAAACGAAGGCUUUGAAAGUAUUCGAAAACAAUUAACUAAAGCAAAGGUUAAAAGUUUUCAAAUUCUUUUUUACAUUGCAUUACAAUUCUAUUUCAUUGGAAUACCAAUUGUUAGCUUAGCUCUUCUCGCACUUUGCUCGACUUUCGCUCUACAAAACAGUCAAGUUACUUCGUCGUUAGAAAAUUUUUCCUGGUUCUCAUUUUGGGUUCUAAUCAUUUGUAUACCUUUGGGAAUAAAUGUUUACACUCUCUUCUGGUACUACACAGUUUACAUAAGUGCCAUCACUUAUUGUUCAAUGUCACUUUCGUGUAUCGAUGAUUUAGGAGAUAAAAUUCAAUCGGAUGUAAGUAAACAUCGAGAUUUGAUUAAAGAUUAUCUGAGGCAACAAAAUAAGAUCCUGAAUCUGAUGCGGUCAGUAAAUUCUGACAUUGGUCCGGUUGUUUGGGUUGGAUACUUAAUAUCAACAUUUCUUGCAAAUUUCACUCUAUUUCUUGGUAUUUUCAUUGAAAGUGGGUCAUCAGCAAUGAGAUUUAUUUGCCUUGGAUUAGCAACAACAGCUUAUUCUAAUCUCACCUUGUUACAUUUUGCUGGAACCGCAGCUCAUGAUAAAUUGAUGGAUAUUCGAGAGAAAAACUUUUCCAUUCAAGCUCAGGGUGUUAAGAUUAUCCCACCAGCGAUUGCUGUUUGGAUUAAUUCGACUCAAGAGAGAAUCGAAAAUGGAGAAAUUGGAUUCAGUGUUACUCAUAUUUUCAUAAUGAGACAAUCAUCGUUUCUAUUUUUUGUUCUUGAAAACAGUGGGAUCUUAAUGAUGUUUGUCGCCAAUUUCAAGAAAAGCUAAACGAUUAACUUAUUGAUCUUAAUUGUUCAAAAUGAUGAUUCAUCUUAAUCGAUGAUAAUUAACAGAAUCUAAUAACAGAUAAACAUUGGAACGUUGAAUAUUCAAGAUGAGCAUUCAUUGAGUUGAAAUGAAAUUGUAAUAAUCAAUUAAUUGAUCAAAUAAACAGACUAAAUUAUCC